AUGUGGGCAUUUCAUUGCUACGUUCAUAAGGAUGCCAGACAAACCUUCUAUGAUGCCAUGUAUGAAAGUAUUUUCAAUCAGGAACUACUUAUGCCUCACAGUAUGGAUGGAUUUUACUCGUCGAAAAUGACAGAUAUACCAUUUAAAAGAUAUACUAGGGCAGUUUAUCAUGGUUAUUCCCCUUUACCAGCAAAUAGAGAUUCAUUAACACCAGUAGAAAGUAAUGAUAUGGACGGGAACCGCUGCUAUGUAAGUAGAGCUCCUAUGUUCACAAAGCAAGAUCAUGAUGGAACUAUUCAUGAAGGCAGUAAUCAAUAUCUUAAGGAAGUUUUCAUAGAGAAAAUUCAACAGAAUAUCAGUAAAGAUGACGAAGAAGAUCCUAAUAGAAAUGAUCCCGUAUUUCAAACUAUCAGCCAUCAAAACGGUGAAAGACAUAAUCAAUAUUUCUUGCUAACAGCAAGCAAUACAGAGAAAAAUGAGAAUCAGCCAUCUAUUCAGAAUAGACCAAAAUCUCUUGAUUCGCAUAAGGAUAUUGAUCAGCAGAAUGAUAUCCAAAGUUAUGUCGACACAGAUUUAAAAAGUAAAUAUCAAGCAGAAGCAGACCCUAAACAAAAUAAAAUUCAAGAUCUUACCGAUACUGGAGAAGAAUGUCAGUCUCUUAUUGCGGCAAAGCCUACAACUAGAAGAGAUGGAAUUGAAAUUGAUAAUGUUAAAAUGACGAAUGAAAUCGAUCAUUCCGAUUGUAGUGAUAUUUCGGCAGUUAAAACCCCUGAAAAAACCACGAAGAAAAUUCAAGAAUCCUUUCAAAUGGAGGAAAAUGAAGGAAAAGAUCCUUUAUCGAAUAAUACAAACAAGGAAAUCAACGCUAAAGAUUCGGCCAAGAAUAAAACGAAUACCAAUACUGCAAAGAGAGUAGCAGCGAAUGGACGGAAAACGCCAUUUAAGGGCAGCCAAGGACAUCGAAAAGUCAGCAACGAAGAGCCAAUCUUGAAGAAUCCAAAGCAUCAAGGAAAUCAAGAUGUCAAAUUGCAGAGAAAGAAAGAGUAUACGUCUAAGACGGUUGUUCCAGUUCAGAAUGCUACCAGUAAAUACAAAAUCCCCAAUAAAUUGAUCGAUAGCAAGAGCAAGAAAGGAAGGCAAGAUAGCGUUCAGUCCACCGAUACUCUAACAACUCCAUUGAAUAAGAGAACUACCGGUGAAAAGGCUGAAGGAAAGAAAGAAAAUCUUAAGGUAAAAUGGCAUAAAAUCUAUGAAAAAAUUAUUCAAAUAGAAGAAGAAAAGACUUUACAAGACAAACCGAGAGAAAAUACAGUUCAUAAAUUACCGCUGAAAAGACAAAACGGCACCGGGAAAACUCAAGGUGAGAAUAAGCCAAGAAAUUUAUCUCUAAAUGCAGGCAAGAAAGUGAAUAUCAAGGCAUUUGAUCGAGAAAUACAGCGAAAACAAGAACACUUGUCUAACAGGGAGAAAAAGCGAACGUUUAAUAAAAACUAUAAAAGUUUAAAUCUUGAGAAAAGUCAAGAUAAUAACGCAAAGCAGUCUACCCCUGCAGUAGGUAUAAGUAAGAAUAAUAAUGAGAAAAAAACACUAGCUAGUAAAAUAGCAUUAACUAGUUCUCAGAAGCAUCUUCAAUCUAAAUUAGAGAAUAGUGAUCGUCAGGCUGUAUACCCUGUAAAUGAUCUUGAAAAUACUGAUAAUGGCACAGAACAUGAUAGAGAAGAAGGAAAUCUUUUAGAAAAGCCAAGUCAUGUCUUGGAGGGAAGUGAAAGGGAGAACUAUCGGAAAGAAGUUGUUCAUGCUCACCCGUCUUCAAGUUCGUUGCUCUUGGAAGAAAUAACGCAAAAUGAUGAUAUUCUAUUACAAAAUGAGGACAGAGAAGAAAGUGUGCGAGACUGUCCAGAAGUGGAGUCGGAGGAAAGUGAAAGGGAGAGCUAUCGGAAAGAUACUGUUCAUGCUCACGCGUCUUCAAGUUCGUUGCUCUUGGAAGAAAUAACGCAAAAUGAUGAUACUCAAUUACAAAAUGGGGACAGAGAAGAAAUUGUGCAAGGCUAUCUAGAAGUGGAGUCGGAGGAAAAUGAAAGGGAGAACUAUCGGAAAGAUGUUGUUCAAGCUCACGAGUCUUCAAGUUCGUUGCUCUUGGAAGAAAUAACGCAAAAUGACGAUACGAGUAUUCUAUUGCAAAAUGAGGACAGAAAAGAAUCUGUGCGAGACUCUCUAGAAGUGGAUACCCACAAUUAUGGAAGUAAGAAUAUCAAUACCAAUGAUUCUAGCCAAGGCAGUGCAUUGGAGAACACUUUCGAAAGCAGCCUUAAAGUGAACGAAAUACAAAAUUUAGAGAUGAAAGAUAAGGGAAAAGAAGUUCUUCUUAACGUGCAAGAUGACAUCAAGUCAGAGCAACAACAUCAAUCGAAUUCGUUCAUUCAGCCAGCGAAAGAGAUCAAUUUAUUAGAGGCUAAUGUAAACCAUGAUAUCAAGCUUACUCCGCACGAAAAUGAAACUUGUGUUUUGCCAAAAUCUCAAGAAAUUUCAAAGGUAGAUGCUAAGCAGUAUUUGACCAUUUUAAAUUCACUGAAACAAAUCAACAAGACCGAACAAAUCGAUGAGAAUAAGCCUAAAUCGAAAGGAAUGAAAAAGUUAUCCUCUGUCUCAGGUAGUUCUAUACUUCAAGAAGAAGAAGAAGACAGCAUGACUCAGAAAUCAAAAAUGGUUAAAAAAUUACCUCAUGUUCCAGUCAAUUUAGAAUCUAAAAUGAUGAUGGAAAGACACAAGAAAGGUACCGGUAUUGAUAGGAGCCAAAAUCGAUUAAGUAACAAGAAUGAGAAUAAGUUGAAAAGUAAGGCAAAUGUUGAGAAUACUGCCAAUGGAGGUCGUUUAGCCAAGCAGGCUAAUGAGAUUCUCAAAGCAAGAAUUCGCACUUAUUCUGAUGCUUCUCAUUACAAGAAAAAGUCUACAUCAGCUGGUAAUGUUAUGCCAUCUAAAGUAGUUCAAAAUAAAGAUCACCCACCGAGUCAUAAUGAGAUGCUGCUAUAUAUUAAGAAUAAACUAAUCAAGAAAGGAGAAUCAAUCGGUAGUAAUAAUCUACUGGAUAAAAAGAAUCCAAGUAUCCAUGAUAACAAGAACAGAAGCAUAAAUGGUGUCCAAAGUGCUAAUGCGGAUCAAAACUAUUCCAAUGGAGUAGAAAAAUCGAUCGGUAAUCAUUUCAAGAAGUCCGCAGUUAACGAUGAAACUGGAAUACCAAUCCGUGAAAAAGAGAUAGUUAAUUGUGCUCAUGAAGUGAUGGAUGGCGAGAAUUUUAAUUCUAAUAGUCCUAGCAAUCCAAAUGAACUAGCCACAAUCUCCGUAAUUGCAGAAACAUCUAAUUUAAAGAACUUAAAUUCUACUUUAGCUGCAAGCGAAGAUCAGCCAGGGAUUAUGAAUACUUUAAGCAACAAUGAUGGUCAAGAUCAAGACAACUUACAUCGCAAUUUCGCAAAGGAGGACAGUACGAAGGUAGUAAACAAUUUAGUUCAAACUAUGGAUAAAUCAGAGCAAUUGAUAGCGUUGAUAAACAGCGAUAUUAGUACAUUAGAGGAUACCAGAAAUCGGCCAGUAAAACAUAAUUCCUGUGUAGCAGAUGUGAGAGAUGCCGAUAGCAAUAUUGCAAUAUCGCCAGUUGAUCGCAAUAUCCCUAUAAUCCCCCUGGAUAGUAAGAGUAAUAAACUUGAAAGUACUCCAAAAGCAGAUUUAUUGCCAAAGUUUCUAGAUUCGAUCAAAUUGACUACAGAACAGCUACCAAGUUAUCAAGGCAUUCACCAUGGAGAAUAUCGCCUUGAACAGGAAAAUCAGAAGCAAGUUCCAAUGACGAGCUUCCAUAAAAAGGAUCUUUCAGAGAAAUCGAGCUGCGAUAGCUACAGCAAUGGAACAGAACUAUCCAAGGAAUUAAUUCAAUCUGCACCGGCAGAUCCAGCAUCAGCUGAGACAAAAAGCCACAUGCCUUCUACGAACAAUUGGAUCGAGAAUCUGCGAAAUGCAAACAUCGCUGAUCUUCCUACCUUAAGAAGCGAAAAUUUAGAAAAAUGUGUCCCUUCAGCUUCUAAACAUACCUGUACCGAGCUAAACUAUGAUAGAAAUCUUGCAAGUCCUACUAUAAUUUCCAAUGAUGCAGCUGAAAUAAUGAAUGGAUCCGAGCCUAAUAAGGACGUUAAUCAAGUAAGAUGGGAACAGAAAUCUUUAACCGAUCAUGAUGAGGGCAAAGAAGAGCAAUUCUUAGGCCAAGAUAAAGAACGUUCGGAUGGAGUAGAAUUAGUUCGGCAUCAAAUUGAUAGAGAUCUACAGUCUAAACAAGAAUUUACCCUUUCAGCUUCACCUGCAAAUUCUACUAAAUUUAUUAGAAAUAUUCCCUCUACCAUCCCUAAUACUAGUGCAAAUAGAAUAGCAUAUCAGACUAUGAUCUCAGGAGAAGGUAUUAAUGUAGAUGAUUUUAAAGACGAUUAUCAACCCUGCCCACUCGGUUCCUGCAUAGAUAAUUCUUCGAUCGAGAAUACUUCAGUUCAUGAUGAUGUAGUUUAUGAAGUUCAAGGAAUAAAUGAGUCUGCCAAGUCCGUUGUACAAAUCAGCAGAGAAAUUUCAAGUAAUGCCAAUAUUACUCAUUCGUCCUUGGAAUCAGACAUACUUCAACAUAGUGAAGCUUCUAAUGAUAUAGACAGGAAUCAAUAUCUACAGCCAAUUCAUAUGGUGGACAAGAUCGAUGACGAGAUUAGAAAUAAGGCGUUAGGAAAAUCCCAAUCUCAAACUUCCGAAGGAAGCAACACUGUCGGAAUAAAUGAUAGACAAGAAGACACAAACUAUGGGCAAAAAGGCGUUAAUACAAAUAACUUUAUAAAAAUCUCUCAAAUUCAAAAUGAAAAUUCAAAUCAGGAAGUAGGUGAUACCAGGGUACAAGAAGAGAAAGAAUCGAAUAUCAAGGCAGAAAUACGGAUUGAGAAUACUAUUAAGGUACAGAUUGAUGAUAGGAGGGAUGGCUCAAUUGGAAAUGAAAUCAAUCCUAACAUUAACCUACGAGACCAGAAGCCAAGCAAUCAAAAAUUUCAAAAGGCAAAAGAGGCUGAGAAUAAUAAGCCAUUGCAUAUUAGUUCUAAUCUUGCAGUUGAUGAUGCAUCCAAGAAUAACCCAGUUUCGAAUGUUGCUGAGGAUAGUGAGAAUAAUGACAUCGAAAAUGUAGACAUUAAUGUAGAAUUAAUGAAUGAAGCAUCUAAUAAAGUUGGGGAACAGAAAUUACCAACUAAUAUUGGUCCUAAUGCAAAGACUAUGAAGAAAGAAGGAAACUUAGAUUUUGGGAUGGAUUUGAAGUUAGAAUCUUAUGUUCAAGACAUGAAGAUCAAGAAAGAAAGUGCCAUCGCUUCAGCAAAAAAAGCUGUCAAGAGUUCCUACAUCGAUCAAAAACAAAACCAAUUGGAAAGAGAGAAGAUAGAGAAUGUGCAUGCUAACCCACAUCAGGUACAUAAAGAAACAGAAACAAUCUUCCCUUCCACGGCGGAUAUACGGGUAUCAUCGCUUAUGAAGGGGGAAAAGCAGAAUGGUAACGAUGAGAUGGUUUCUACUGCUGCCUUGCUAUUGCCUCAAUGCAAUAAUCAAGAUAGUUGUACUGAACAGCCGAAAGAAAGCAACCAUGAUUCUGAGAUUAAGCUGAUUGAGCGAGAAAAGUACAGUAAGGAAGUGAAUGAUGAUAAUAUGCUAAUAAAGCAUUCAUCGUACAAAGACACCAUAAAUACUGAUAUGUUAAAAGAAGAUUUUUCAAGCGUGGACAUUACUCAAAAUAAGCAGGAUCGUUGUCAAAAUGAUACAAGUACUAAUGCUAACGAUUUGGAAUCAGAAUCAAUUGGCCAAGGUUUUCGUGAUGAAGAAGAAGAGGAAGUAAGCACAUCAGUAGAGAAUACAAAGAAGAAACAUCGUAGCCAUCGUCAUGGCCAUAGUAAACGAAAAGAUGGUAAGAAACACCGCAAAAAACAUCGAAAAGAGAAAACUUCUAAUUCUCAUCACCAUAAGGGAAGUCUGCUAGAAUCGAUCAUAGAAGAAGAUGAAGAUGUAGCAAUAGAGCCAGAAACAAGGAAAUCAACUGAUUUUUAUGUAGAGCCUGAUCAUGAAGUAGCAAAACUUAUAGGAAAAUUAAUCUGCAAUGAAGAAAUCGAUGAAGACAGCGAUGUUGAGCAAGAUAUUGAAUCUAUUAUUUACGAUGAUGAAAUAUUUUACCCACUAAUUAAUGCCUUAGUCUCAAAGUAUGAAAGCAUCGUUGAGAAUAAAUUAAGCGAUUUUUCCAGCAAUGAUCAAGAACUUAUUGAAGGACAGUUUCAAUCAUUUCAGGAAAUAUUAGCUACAGCAGAUAAAUGUUGGUCAGCAUACCAUGCUGGUAAUGAUUUUGAGGUUUUAGAGAAUAUCAGGAGACUUAAAAGCACAUUAAUUGAGUUGAUAGAUGAAAAUUAUAUCCAUCAAGAUGGCCUUAGUAUAAUUAGUAAUACUAUUGGAAAAUCUCGUGUGCCGAAGAAUUGUAUAAUUUUAUAA